CCCAAUGCAUGAAUGCAAUGACCAUGAUCGAUGCUUGAUCUUUCACAAACAAGAACGUUUUUUGUUCGUCAAACUGCCUUGACCUUGCACAAGUUGCAGCAGUUAUAGUCGAAGCUCAACCUUGCAUUCAGUUAGUUCUGUCCCAAGUUUUCUGAGAGCUGUUUGCUAGUCAUUCAGAUAGUUCCUACGAAGCUACCCAUCCCUUAUUCCAGAGAAUAUUUUUCAGUUGUACACACUCCUAUCAGUGCAAUGGCAGGAAUCUUCACGCCUACUAAUCAAAUCAAACUAACCAAUAUCGCCCUGGUGCGGAUGAAAAAAGGAGGUAAACGCUUUGAAAUCGCUUGUUACAAGAACAAAGUGAUGUCGUGGAGGCAGAAAGUGGAGAAAGAUAUUGAUGAGGUGCUGCAGACACAUACAGUCUUCACUAACGUGUCCAAAGGACAAGUAGCCAAGAAAGAAGACCUUGUGAAGAGCUUUACCACUGAUAACCACACCGAGAUAUGUUUGAAGAUCUUGGAGAAGGGCGAACUACAGGUAUCCGACAAGGAGCGCCAGGUUCAACUCGAGUCAAUGUUCAAGGACAUUGCAACGACUGUCGCUGACAAAUGCAUCAAUCCCGAGACGAAGAAACCCUACACAGUCUCACUGAUCAUCAAGGCCAUGAAGGACAUUCAUUACUCUGUGAAAACGACCAAGAACACCAAGCAACAGGCCCUAGAGGUCAUCCGUCUGCUCAAAGACAGUAUCCCGCUGGAACGGUGUCAGAUGAGAGUACGCAUCCAAGUGCCAGCGCGCGAGGCGAAGCGAGUGCGAGACAAGCUGUCGCCGCUUCUCACGCGCAUUGAGGCGGAGAGCUGGAGUGGUGAUUUAGAGCUGAUUGGUUUCAUCGAUCCUGGCAGCUACAGACAGGCUGAAGCUAUUGUUCAAGCCGACACAAGAGGCCGCGGUGUGUUAGAAGUUCUCAAUCUGAAGGAUGUGGACGAAAGCGACGACUUUUAUGCACCACCCGGUAAGCAGACAGCAGGCAAGGCUCCUGCUGCUUCGGCGGCGAAGAAGGAGAGCUCGGGAGGAGCUUCAGCUGCAGUUGCCACUGCUGCUGCAACAGCCGACAGUACAGAUGGCUUAGAAACAAUGCUGAAAUCAGCUCAACUGAAUGAAGACUGACAGUUGACCUCUGAGGCUCUGGCAUAUCAUAUGACACUUUCAUAAAAGAGACAACAAAACUGUUUUUAAAGCUCUCUGGAAGUAUUGCUGGCGAUAAUUCUUGGUGAGCUCAUUCUAGUUGUGCACAAAAGACUGUCAUAGCAAUUUACCUACCUACUCAACCAUACAUUCAUAUUUAUUCGGGAGCUGGACUCAGCAUGACCUAUGCUAGCUUUACAUGUCCUGAUACUGAGGUCUGAGAUCAGCAGUAGUAGUUAGCAAGAACAUACAUUUCACGUGUAGGCUAGCUGCGUUUUUUACACUAUCCUCUCUGCGUCAGCUAGGCCACCAGGGUGAUCUUGUGCAGUCAGCCUGCUGAUAUACUAGUAGUCUCAUCUUUCUUAGCUCCUAUUCAGUGUUGAGUUUCAAUCCCAUCCUUAUCAAGCACCUCCGCUGUCUGCUCCUUUUGAUGCACCAAUGUAGUGCUGAUCUCCGGUGCUCUUUUGCGAAGGCUGGAGUACAUUCAAUGAUUGUAAUCGUGUCACAGCCAGUGCACUUUAGAUCUACGUCAAGAGAACAUACAGCAGUGUGUAGUCUCUUGUCUCCUUGAAGUACAUCCACUGGUAAAUUAAAAAAAAAUCUAUAACUUGACAA